CGUUAUAUAAUUUUGGUUCAUUAAAUCACAGAACAACAAAAAGGCAUCAGACGUUCUAUGACGGAAGUUCAGCAAGUCCAGUUGGAGUUUGUCACAUUUCAAUGGCUGAUCCUUUCUGCAGGAAAUCCAGAGAGGUGUUGCUGGACGUUGUAAAGAAACUGGGAAUUAGACACCAUGAGAAGGGGACCAUGGUUACAAUUGAAGGUCCCCGUUUCUCCUCGCGAGCGGAGAGUCUGAUGUUUCGUCAUUGGCAAGGUGAUGUCAUCAACAUGACCACUGUUCCUGAAGUGGUACUGGCUAAGGAAGCAGGCAUCUGCUAUGCCAGCAUUGCUAUGGCAACUGACUAUGACUGCUGGAAAGAGCAUGAAGAAGCG